AUGGACAAAAGCCAAAUGGUCGAAGCAGUGGCUGCAGUCGAAGAAAAAAGAAUGACUCAACGUACUGCAUCUAAAACUUUCAAGAUUUCUCGUUGCACUUUGCAAAAUUGUUUUUAUGGAAAAACUGAAAUGUGUGCACGUUCAGGUUGUUCUACAAAACUUGGAAGUGAAGAUGAGCUUAUGCUUGUUGAAUAUGCAUCUAAAAGAACAUCUAUGGGUAUUGGUUUUGGAAGGCGUCAGUUUAUGAAAUAUGCUGGGGAUAUAGCAAGAAAGCGGGGUAUUCCAUUCAAGAAUGGUCUGCCAUCUAAAAAAUGGUGGUCUCUAUAUAAAAAAAGACAUUCAACUUUUCGACUAAGAAUUCCUGAGGGUACAGCUGCUAUUCGCCAUCAGUGUAUGGACAAGAAAAAGAUUUCUAUUUAUUUUAACGCGCUGAAGCAAGUUAUGGAUGAGGUGAGUCUUUAUUGCAAACCCCAUUGUGUGUGGAAUAUGGAUGAAACUGAUUUGCAAUUGCAGCAUACACCAGAAAAGGUUGUUACUAAGUCAAGUUUAAGAUAUAUACAAAGUCGGACAAGUGGAAAUUGUGAAACAAUAAUUGCCACAAUUAGUGCCUCAGGCACUCACAUACCUCCUCACAUUAUUGUGAAAGGUAAAACCAGAAGAGCUUUAAAUGGCUUUGAAGUUCUUUCAGCUCCUGAAAGAAGUACUUGGAGUGUUUCUGAUUCUAGGUGGACUAAACAAGGUGUUGCAUUUCGUUGGUUUUCUGAAUCUUUGUUAACAAAUAUAGGACCUGAGCGACCUCAAAUAUUAAUUUUGGAUGGUCUUAGUUCUCAUAAUUUUAUAGAAUUGAUUGAUUCAGCUAUCAAGAAUAACAUCGUUAUAGCUGAACUUCCAGCACACACAUCACAUUGGCUUCAACCUUGUGAUCGGAGUGUAUUUAGAGCACUCAAACAACACUAUAAUGUUGCUUGCUAA